CUGAGUUUCCUCCAACAAUAAUGUUGCGCAGCUUUGGUCGCAUCGUCCCGCCACUCACCCGACAAAUGACGCGCUCUGCUGGCGGUGCGGGCGCUGGAUCCGACAUGGCCAUCGAACGCAGCUCAUCGUUGCUGAUGCAGCAGCCUGCCUCUGUGUCUGUGUCUGGCGGUGCAUCAGCUCGCGUCGCCUGCGUUGCUCGGGCGCUGAGCUCUGGUGCGCGGAUGAGUCUCGCGCCUGCGCUCACUGCCGCUGCGUCAUCCGCCUCAGCGAUUGGCGGCGUGAACGGACCAUCAGCAGCUGCUACCUCGCUGGCAGCCGCAUCUGCUGCUGCGCUGGGCGGUCUCGACGAUGAGAUUGCGCUCGAGUUUGACGUGUCCGAGCUCCGCGCUCGUCGCCGGCUCAGCACUGCGCCUGUGGAAGUGUUCACCGAGUCGCAUGUCGUCAGUCUGCUGGAUGGCGCUCUUGCGACUGCCUGCCGCGCAGAGUCGGACCCUGCACUUAAACAAGAAGCUCGUCGACUUGCGUUCCAAGUGUGCGAGUUGUAUUGCUCCCUCGCAGAGUCGUAUCGCGAGCACUUCUACUUGGAUUUGAUUCGUGCAAAAGGUGGCAACGACACGCAGAAAUUCGCGUACAAAUCCCUGCUGAAGACCAUCCUUGAGCUUCCAGGAGGACCGCGACUUCUUGUCGAUAUGCGAGGAGAUUUGCUUUCGCUCGUGCACCAAAACCAGCUUGAUGCCGCUAGCGUUGAGCCGAUCGAUCAGCUUGGGGUUGAUUUGCGCAACAUUCUGAAAACAAUCAUUGUUGGCCAUACCCACCUCACGCGACUGUCUUGGAACACUUCAGCUGCAAUCUUGGAGAAGGUCAUGGGAUACGAAGCCGUUCAUCCGAUGAACGGCUGGAAUGACUUGAAGCGUCGAAUUGGUCGGAAUCGAAUCUGCUUCUCCUACUUUGUUCCCCUCUUGCCCGGCGAACCGCUGAUUGUGCUGCAUACAGCGCUCAUGACCCAUCGUGCGGACAACAUCCACAAGAUUUUCGAAGAGCCGCAUGAUUCACUGGCGUCACCCAUCCCGCCGACCUGGGCCAUUUUCUUCUCGUCGUCCGCCAGCCACAAGGGUCUGAGUGGUGUUGGCCUGGGACACGAUCUGAUCAUGGAGGCGGUGGCCUACAUCAAGAAGCGGCAUCCAACCGUCAAGAACUUUGCCACAUUGUCCCCCAUCCCACGUUUCCGCAUGUGGCUCACUGCCAAUUUGGCGGCGGCUGUCGCGGAUCCUGCCCACCCGUUUAAUGAUCUUGCAUUAACGAAAGCUGAACUGAGCGUCGUUCGUCGUCUUGAGUCGCUCUCUGCCAAGGAGUACAGCACUCCUGCCGCAACUCUUCAGACCAUCCUUGGCAACGACGAUUGGAGCAAAUCGCAUCGUAUUUCGGAAGCGCUGCGCGCACCCAUGCUCCGCCUGGCUUCACAUUACGUCAAUUUGAAAGUUGGCAAAAGCAGCUACGACCCAGUUGCCGCAUUCCAUAUCGGCAACGGAGCCACUGCUGGCGACAUCAACUGGAUGGCAAACGCAUCUCCCCGUGGAAUGGCCGAGUCCUACGGCUUGAUGAUCAACUAUCGCUACUUGAGUGUGAGCGAGGGAAACUGAGACGUUGUAAUGAAAUGAAGCAUCAACAACGUCAAA